AUGGCCCCCUCCGCCGGCGACGCCGCCGCCGGCGACGUUCAGCGGUACCCUGCUUGGGUUCUACUCGAAAAGGAGGGGUACGACGACGACCGCGACGACGCAACCAGCGCCGCGUGCAAGACGACCGCCGGCCGCGACGUCAAGGUGGGCUUCUACGUCGUGCCCCCGCCGGAAGUCUCCUACUUCCACGUCCACCUCUCCAAGCUCGAGGGCGAGGGCGAGGACGACUUCGACUUCAUGCCCCUGUUCCUCUUCUCGGCCAAGGGCCUCGUCCUCUUCCGUUUCCUCUUCAUCACCCGGAGCGACGGGAGCAAUCUCGUCGAGUACCUCAUCUACAAGGCGGGGCCCGGCGGCAGCCCGUCGCUCGAACCCAUCCCGCCGACUCCUCUGGGCAGCAGCAGGGAUUCGGUAUCCGUGAGCAUCGUCCCCUGCCCGUCCUCGCCGAUCUCUCCGUGGGGAGUGAAAUUGGGCACUACGACCUCCACAUUUACUCGUCCAAGACGCGCGAGUGGAACACCACACCGUUGCAGCUGCUGUCUUGCCGUCAGGACAAAUGACGACCUGCCCUGUCAAUUCCACAAGGCUAUCGGGCUUGCAGCAGAUGAGGUAGGCUGGGUAGACCUCUGGAGUGGCAUUGUCACCUGCAAGGUGCUUGAUAAAGACCCAGUCCUCCGACUCAUCCCUCUUGCCAAACCGCACGUGGACAUCCUGCAAGGCGAACCGGGGCUGAUCCGGGAUGUCACCUACUGCAAUGGGCUCUUCGAGUUCAUUGAGAUGCAACAUUUUUGCAGACCAGUUAAUGUUGUUAGUGGUAUCAUCCAUGAUUCCAGGCCCCUCCGUGGUCUUGUAGUGGACGAAGGUAUUAUGGUCUCUGAUGGCUGGAAGAUCCGGACAUGUUGGAGGAUCGAUGAUUCAUGGGACUUUUGGCUCAGGGGACACGCUGUUCAUGUCGAUGACUUCACAGUGGAUUCUAUAUCGUUCCCUCGUAUGUGCGAUGCUCAUGCUCAGGACAAGGAAUUGACAUUUAGGAGCCUGACAACACUUUGCCCGACCUUUGGCGUUCCUGGUGACAGACUUCUCUACCUGCUAUCCAAGGUGAAAAUGGAUGAUCACAACACAUGGAUUGUUGGUGUUGACCUUGCCAAGAAGAUGGUGAAACUAAUUCAACCUUGUGAGGACUUGGAAUAUCGCUGUAUCGGGCCAGCCUUUGUUCCCUCUACAUUCUCCUAUUAUCUGAAUACAACUCCAGGUGAUUUUUCACCCACAUUGAUAAACCACUCAGAGAAGACUGCCAACAAUGCAAAAGUCGAUGGCGAUUCCUGUGUACGUGAAUUAAAUAUACAUCCUGACCAAUGGUCAUGGGUUGGGGACGACACAUCUGUACCAAGCGGAGCUUGGAAAAAUGGGGAGAACAAUCUGCCAUCGAAUCAUGAAUCUGCUGAUGUACAACGGACCAGGUUACUACAGCAAUUGGAUUCCAUUUUGAUGUCAUCAGGAUCAGGGUAUAUUCGGAUGAAACGAAAACUGGAAAUUGAUGCUGAUGGCAAUUUAUUGCUCCGUUUGCCACUGAAAGACCUCUUGGCACUGCUUCCACAACUAGGACCUGAGAUUGCAUCCUUGACAACAAUGCUGCCUUGUAUGGAUGCUGGAGGACCAUAUCCCCUGCUGUCUUGGCAUGAUUGCUGCUGCUGCUGCUGGUAA